AUGCCGGCUCCGUCGGGGAUAAAGCGCCAUCGCGCCAGCUCCUCCAACACUUCGCUGGACAUUCAAGCCAUCGGUGAUAAGUAUUUUGAUUCCCACGACCGGGAUCAAGUGUACCAGGAUAUAUAUGCAUACCUCUACGCCAACUGCAACCCGCACAAGGUCAACCAGCUGAUCAUCGAGUAUACAGGUAACACUGGGCUCUGCACCACCAAGUGGCUUGAGGAGACUGUCGCUUUCAAGUGUUACGAUUGCGAGUCGGACAGCACGUGCGCAAUAUGCGUCCAGUGCUUCUUCAGGUCGAAUCAUGAUGGGCACACGUACAGGCUAACGAGGACGUCAGGAGGCUGCUGCGACUGCGGCGAUAACGGUUCGUGGGAGCCCAGCGGAUCCUGCUCAAAGCACAAUUCGCCACUCACUCCAUCGGACGAAUGCAAGCUGCUCGACAUUUUCAGCGCCGACUUUCUGGCGCGGCUGAGAGACACGCUGCGGCAGAUCUGUGCGGCGAUCACCUCGUACAUGCGGAGCCUGGACCCUAUUGAGGAGUCGUUCUUCCUCGUACUGCUGCUGUUUCUCGACGACAUGCUUAAGGUAACUCCUGCGUUCAGAUACGCGUUCUUCGAGGUGAUGGUGGAGGACGACCUCACGCUCUGGGUCAAGAAGCACCAGAUGCUUUCCACGGAUGUGCGCAAAACCUUUAAUUCGCUCUACCUGACCAUGGUCACGUCAAUGGCGUUCAAGCUGCUUUUGUCGAAAGUAUACGUACGUUCACGUAACAUCGGCUGGCAUCGUGUCGCAGGUGCAACAAUACCCGGACAUUGUCGAGCCGUUCAGGGACCCGGAAGGUGGGUGCCACCUAUUCACGAAUGCCAAUACACCUCAGAAUGGCACCUCAGCCACCUUUCCGUGCAGCUGUUUACCUACUCGUACAUCGCAACCCGAGAGGUUGCGAAUGGAUUCCUGGACGUCUGCGUGCAGUGCCUGCUUGACCACCAUUUGCGUGAUGGGCGUCUGAACACGCUGCAGUUUCCGAGAUUCGACCGACGCCAAUUUAGCUUCUACUUGCUCCUCUUAAGCGACUUAACAUAUCUGAUGGAUCACGAUGCCGUGGUGGAGCUGGUGCUAAAGACGCCCAGCCUUUACGGCACGUUGUUCAAACUGCUGAGCUGCCUGCAAAUGAUGAACACGAUACAGCUGGCAAGGGGUCAGCACGUGCCAUUUGAGAACACCGGGUACGUCAUAGCCUUCAGCAGCGAGCACACCCUCCACACGGCGUUGCGCCAUUUCUCGGAGAACUGCAAAUCGGACCCAACGGCUGCCAUCCCGUUUUACAAGGCGGUUAACGAGUACAUGAAGGAGAACUUGAAAUCUUGGACCUUCAGUAGCUUGAAGCUCUGUCGGACCUUCCAUAUUCCCUUCGUCAGGUUCUUCGCCAGCAUCAUAAACUUCAACCGCAUUCGCCAGUUGCACGCUUCAUCACUAACUGCUGAAGUCAUCAGAGAGGAUCCUUUGGUUACGGCGUUUGACGACGAGGUGUUGCUUUACGUGAUCAAGACCACAGUGGCCACGCUGCGCUUCUCCCAGGAGAUCAAGAACAACCUGUGGGUAUACAACGGAGAGUCUAUGCACGACCAAAAUGAACACUACCGCCAGGUUAUAUUAGUGCAGCUGGACCUGGUGGCGAUACAGGCUGCAGUGGCACUGCUGGGUUUGCGGCGCCGGGCAGGCCUCACGGAUGUUGAGCCGCUGCUGGUGCUGCACAAAGAAGCGUUCAGUACCGACAUGAUUUGUAGGAAGGGCAACGUCGGCCGGAUACAGUCAACGCCAGGUGACGGCAUAUUCCGGGCCACCUUCUUUAUGCACCUGAUGAACGUGGUGCUCCACGACAUGAAGCAUCUGGAGAAGCUCUCGGUGCGCCGUAACAACACGGACCCCGAUUACAUACGAAGAGGCUACCCGCUGGUGGUCAUGGACGUCGUAUCGGCGCUCUCCAUGGGGCGACUCGAGUUCGGAGACGUCACGGGCAUGGUCGGCUCAUACUGGCGCCGCCACCCCCAGAUCGUCGAGGCGGUGGAGAGCGUGGCCACCGUCAACUAUUCGCAGAUAGCCGACAAGGCGUACAUGCGCCCCAAGAGCGAAACAUACCGCUUGGUUGACGUCAUUUGGAACCCGUACAGCAACUUCUCCGAUAUCUCGAUUCCGCAAGAGGUACUAAAACGCCGCACCGUCGGUAUGCUGGGGCCUCCGCGCAGCUCCGCCUUCAUGCAGCCCGAGUAUUACGAGAGUCAGGACGCGAUUCUGUGCAGUUUGGGCUCCGAGGAGUGCUUUAACGUGGUCUGGCAGUUUAUGGAGGCGCUGGCUAAUCUGUCACCCCAAUCGGGAGGGAAGGAAAUCGAGGUUGAUGGGGAAGCGGCGUUCUAUGACGCCUCCGAAGACGAUGAGUGCUACCUCGAUGCGGUCAGUGAACCGCGCCACUACUUCCACGACGGCAUAAACUGGUCGGGGCCCGUAGGCACCAAGUGGAACGAGGCCAUCCUGUCUGCGCUGAAAACCAUCUGCCUGCUGAUGGAUACAUCGCAGCACAUUAAUGAGCAGAACGCUCCCAAGAUCGUAGAAAUUAUCGGGGCGGUAUCGGUGCGUGUAGGCGACGACCAGAUCAUCCAGGCUGCGCUGAAUCAUGUGAUCCAGAGGCUGCGUGAUACAUUUAACGUUCACACGAAUGAGCCUAUUGCUGAACCGAAGGAGGACCGUGCUGAAGCAGUGAAGAAAUUACAGAUGAAGUUCAUGGCAAGGAUGGUUGCGCAGCAGAAGAAGGUGCCACUGUCUGGCGCAGCUGGAAACGUGGAGAUGCCUUCUGAGGAAUCCACCGCCUCAUCAACUUCCAAAACUGCCGGCAGCGUGGGACGGACAGAAGAAGAGACUUGCAUCUUGUGCAAGCAAGGUAUGGACGACGACCAUCCCAUGAGCUUUAUGUGCCUGAUAUCAAACAACAGCGUGCUGCGCCGAUGCAGCCAAUCGGCCACCGGCCCCUCGGUGCACGCUCGCGCAUCUCUCCCCUUGCGUUCGUCGAUGAUAAGCUGCUGCGGUCACAUGGCCCACACGCAGUGCAUCAACGAGCAACGCAAGAAGGAGCCGUCUGGCCACCUCCUAUUGCUUUAUGGCGUCCAACGUUCAUCCAACGAGUUCUUCUGUCCAAUAUGCAAGUCGCUGUGCAAUUACAUUCUCGAAUACGUGCCGGAAAGUAAGAAGCUGCGCACGUGCAAGCUGGAUGAUGAGGACAGAAUAGACAUGCUAUGUCUGGCCAGCUGGCGUUAUGCCUUCUGCGCCAAUUGGCUGCCCUCGCCUAUCCACGCGCGGUUCAACAUCAACCCGCACGUGAUGUACACAUUCAACGUGGUGCUGCCGCACAACGACAUACAAGCUGCACCUGCCCAGGGUCGCAGCUUCCUGGAGGAUCUGGGAGUGACGGACACGCAGGGCUGCGAAUUGUCGUGCGCCAAGUGCCUGGAGGCUGAUCUUUCCAUGGAAUACCGCGACAAAUGCAACGCUCUGUUCUAUCGCAAAAAAUUGGAGCCACCGGGGUUUGACCGUUCAACUAUCGUGCGCCAACUGGAGCAGUGGCUGUCAUGCAGACCCUCCAAGAGGCGGCAGUUGGGGAGGCUUUUAAACAUUGACCUCGACUACACCUACCCGCGUGAAAUGACAGCAGAAUACUGUCGAGCCAUAUUUUCAGGCCAGCGUUGCGUCUAUGGUGUGCAGAAUUGGCGACACGUCGACGCCGGAAUGCUAGUGGAUCCGAAAUUCUGGGUGCUGUAUAACCACAUCCUGGCCACGUGCACUUGCCGUCGCAACCAGCUGACGGUAAGGCCAUCACUACUGCAGCAUCUGGUGCGCAACUUUUAUGGCAUCGAAUUGAAAGAAUAUCCCGUUGAUGAUUCUGGCGCCCCCUGCCAGCUGGAUAGCAACUACUUCGACAUGGCAAUUGAGGAUUUGGCUGUACCAUUCCCAACACGGCGAACUACGGAAUCUGUGACGGUGCUAACGACGCUUGUGGAGUCCCUUACUGAUGAGCAGGUACGCCAACUUGCUGCUGCACUGGAUUUCGAAGUUGUCAAGGAGGAGAUGACCAACCUGGACAAUUUCAACGUCGAGACUAACAGGAGCAAACUAAGUUUGAACGUCACGUCGCAGUGGUCGAAGGACGUGUUUAGGGAUUUCCUUAUGUUCUUCACGCAUAGGGCCCCUACGCUACAGCACAGUUUGAAGCAUCUUGCGCACUGCGUGGGCAUGCUGUCGCUGCAGGUGUUGGAGCGUUUUGUAUUGGAGGACAUCAAACGUUCAUUUGCAAGUUUCGUGGAUAUCUCAGCCGGUCUUGGUAAUAAGUCAUCUGAUGUAAGGAGUAGUGAUAGCUCGUCUGACGUACCAAUGGCAGACAACACGGCAACCGAAGGGCAUUCCACCGAUACCACCGCGGAAUACAACAAGCUCCGAUUCAAACGGGAAUUCAUCAAGACAUUGUAUGAGACCUAUGUAAAGGAAUACGUAGAAAUUGCGGAGAUCCCUGCGGACUUAAUAGGGCGGGUACAGUGGUUAGGGUUUAAGGAGCACGAAAUGGAGUUCAGACGUUACAAUCGCACUGGUGAGCUCGGCGUGUCUACUAAUAUGGAUACUUCGGGCAAUGUUGCGGCUGGCACAGAACGGGACAAAACCGAAGAUGCGGAGCACUUUAGUUCUGCAAAACGAGAUCUUAUGGCCGUCGAUUGGGAAGCGAAGGACGUUACAAGCCAGUCGGCUGUAGACAAAGAUGACGAUAUGGUCGUAGAUAACGCUGGCAGAAUAUCCCCCAGCGCCAGUGCAACCGGUGUUGUGAAGGGCAUCGAUGCUCAAACGGAGCUUGCACGACAACUGCAGAGUAUACAUCGUCACACAGUAGGCAUGUUUACUCACCCACUCCCAGAACAACCGGAUGGUGACAUUGGGGCACAAGUUAGGAAAUACUUGCACGAAUUAAUAGUCAACCUCCUGAAGGUGCGCCGGGUUCACUCCUUUGUUGACAGCGGGGUGGACACCGCCGAAUUUGAGUUGCUUUUAGAAGCGCUUCGCCCCGAUUCCAAUGACGAAGAAGUGUCACCUAGGGGAGAAGGUGACAUUGCGGAAAGGCUAUUUGCAGAGAACGCCACACGCAAGUCACCCACAGACAGUGCGGUAGAGCCCGAACGCCAAUACCUGGGUAUGGACUUCCUCCGACGGGUGAACGAGGAAACAUAUCGUGCGCACUGCAACUUCGCGUUUUUCGAGGUGUUGCGGCACCUGGUGCCCGCAGAGUACCAUUUGCUGGACUUCGUAGGUGCGGACAUGCAAAAACAGCUGGCCGAGGUGUCCUCCGCAAACGAUGUUCUGAGUGUCGCUAGAAACAUGGCGCAACGGAUAUAUGCUCACGUGCGUGAGCAAGGGUACCUCCACCGCGAUUUCGAGCCUGACAUCGACGCUUUUGUCACCGACCUCCUCACACACCUGAACCGGCUGUUGGACAUGGCAUUUUGGACAAUAUUCAGCGUUUUCGACGUCGAAGAUGAUAUUCUGACGAAGGUGUCGUAUGCCCACCUACAUCCGCACGACGUAAGGUUCGAGCUGCUGGCUGAGGUUACCAACAUCAACAACCACCUCGGAGCCAUGCGCCAAACCUGCGACUACAUGUUCCACCCAUACACACGGAAUAAGCUGGAAUACGUGCGAGCGACGGGGCACGAGUCUGCAGCGCCGCUCGUUACCGGAUACGAUUACAUCGACAUGGAGCACAGCCUGCCCGGGGGCGCCUGGGACCUGUUGCGGGAAACCACAUUUAGGGCGUGUCCCACCUGCGGCGUGACACCGCCAAACCCGCUAGUGUGCUUGCUGUGCGGCUCGGUGGUGUGCCACCAGAGCAUGUGCUGCGACCGAAACAAGGGAGUGCGGGUGCUGCGCAUGCUCACCUUGCUGGAGCGCAACCAAAUCACGUUCCGCCCUACGGACCUGACCCACAUCUACAACGACGAGGUGCUUACGCACACCAACACUUGUGGCGGAGGGCAGUGCGUGUUCAUCUCGCCGUACAACUGCUUCCUGCUCUUCGUCGACGAGCGACGGCACUGCACGGCGCAGACUCUGUACUCCGACAAAUUCGGAAACAAGGACCUACACUACAGCGUGUACGGACCCGUGGUGUUGUCGCGCACGCGGUUGGCUAGCGUCGCCAACAACUUCUGCCAAGGAAAGCUGGCGCACGAAAUCAUCAACGCCCAAAAGGAGGCGACCCGGUGA